UUCCCCCACCACUGCCGCCGACACUUCCAGCCCAUUGUCCGGCAAACAAGUCGCUCUUUCCGCCCAUCUCCCAUCCGUCGCGACAAGACGAUCUCAAGGCUUCAAGACUUGCAUCUUUGUCAGCAAGUAAACCCGAUUUUUGAAUUAAUUUAUUGCCGUUCUGCCGAGGUCCACCGCGCGAUCCACAAUCUCACUUUCCCCGACACAGCCAGCGACACCUCCGAUCACAACUACGACGCAACCCCACGUCCACCCAGCUGGACGCCAUGGCGGUUAUCGACCCGCACCAAGAUGACUUCUCCAAUGUGUCCUGGAACACGGAUGAGCACACCGCCGCCGAGAGCUCUAGCUCAGUAACUGCGACUGAAUAUGACGACACCGAAAGGAACGGACACAAUGCCUACGAAAGCGAUGCACCCGGCACCAAUGGCCGGGAGGUAUUGGAUUGUGUCGUCUCUGAGCCUCUCAAGGAGAACGAAGGCUCCAAGGACACCUUUGUCUCUUAUUUGAUCACCACUAAUACCACAUUCCCUUCCUUCCAAAGAUCGCAAACGACAGUUCGCCGGCGAUUCACCGACUUUGUUUUCUUGUAUAAGACGCUGAGCAGAGAUUACCCGACCGCCGCAGUCCCCCCCCUUCCCGACAAGCAGCGUAUGGAGUAUGUCAGUGGCAAUCGCUUCGGGCCGGAUUUCACCAACCGUCGAGCGCAUUCGCUACAGCGCUUCCUCACCCGUCUUUCCCUUCAUCCCGUCCUUCGGCGAGCCGAUAUCCUCCACAUCUUCCUCGAGAGCCCGGACUGGAACGCCACCAUGCGCAGUCGCAGUACCAGAGGAUCUACAAGCAGCGAUGCCGGAAGCAGCGGUGUGUUCGACAACCUCACCGACAGCUUCCUCAACGCCUUCACCAAGGCACACAGGCACGACAAGCGGUUCCUCGAGGUUAGAGAACGAAGCGACAGGCUUGACGAGGACUUGGCCCACAUCGAGAAGGUGGUAGCACGGGUGGCUCGGCGGGAGAAUGACCUCGAACUGGACUUUAAGGACCUGGCGGAGCAGUUCCAGAAGCUCAUCACGCUUGAGCCUGGCGUCGAGAACGAAGUCAGGCAUUUCGCGAACUCGAUCGAGGAUACUGCCCUGGGCCUGCGCAAGCUCAAGGACGUCACCGAUGGGGACUAUCUGGGCAGUCUCCGGGACAUGCAGGCCUACAGCACAGCUUUGAAGAGCCUCCUGAAGGCCCGCGAGCAGAAGCAGGUGGACUAUGAGCAGCUCACAGAGUACCUCAACAAGAACACCGUCGACAGAGAUCUACUUCAGUCCGGCCAAGGUUCGGGUGGCUUGUCGGGUGCCAGUGGCAGACUGAUGCGCAAACUCGAGGAUGUGCGCGGAGUCGAUCACGAGCAGGCUCGCCGCGAUCGCCAAAGAAAACUGGAGAUGAAUAUUGACAAGCUUACCACGGAAGCGGAACGGGCCAAGAAGACAAGCGAGAUGUUUGACGACGAGGUAGUUAAAGAGGUGGCCGACUUUGAGCGGAUCAAGCGGGUCGAGUUCAAGAAGCAGCUCGGCGGUCUUGCCGACUCUCAUAUUGAGUUCUACGACGAGGUCAUUGAGAUCUGGGAGGGGUACGUCAAUGCGAUGGAGAAGGCGGGCGUGUCGAGAACGCGCAGCACUGGAGUUGAGCCUCACGGUCGACCUUUGGAGGACUAGAGGGCCGUGUUCUGAACUAGGAGAGGGUAAGCGAAAGCCAUGGUUUUAUGUGAUUUAUUCGACAAUGAAACACUGAGUGAAGUUGAUCCCCAAUGAAAGGGGGGACUGGUUGUUAGCACAAUAUCACUUUCGGAUGGCACCGAGCUUGACAGUGUAUGGAGGAGCGGACCAUGCAAGUGGAGGGAGGAUUGGACGCCAGUCAAGUAGAACUGGAGAUGAGCUUAAGAUAGGUUUAAGGAACGUGAUUAACGAACUAAUACGUUUUUGGCAUG